AAAAUAACUAAAAAGGUAAUAAAAACACAGUUUUGUUGCAUUUUACUUAUAAAUGCGUAUGCUUGAGUUUAAUAUGUAUAUUUAUAUAUGAUAAGAAAGUCUAGAAGUUAAGAUAGAACGCAAAAAACGAAAUGUUAAACCAAAAAGAAGCAGUUUCAAUACUGACUGCGUUCUCGCAAAAUACCGCCGAUUCAGCAGCAGUUUCACUAAAGUUGGCACGAGCUACUAAGUCUGAGCGAAAGAAACAUAUAAAAAACGAAGAAGCAACUGCAGAGAAGUUAAUAAGUGCUGUGUUGGAGAUAUCAAGACAUUGGAGGGGUUUUGCAUGCAGGAAAUUCCUUCGUGGUCUCUUCGUUAGUCACGAUGAUAAAAUAAAAGAGAAACAGAAACCCCCCCAAGCCAUAGAAAUACAAAACUCAUCGUCAGUUUUACUGGGCGUCGAACAGUCACAACAAAGUGUUGAUUCUGUUCAUCCACCAAACACACCUGAGGUUCAAGAACCAACCCCAGAAAAAGUAAAGCCUCCAAAAUGUCGGGUGAUUUCAAACAAAUCUGAUGCAGCAAGCGUGAUACAACGCUCGUGGAGAAGACACAUUGACAUGCAAGUGUUCCGAUAUUAUCGCGACUUAAUCAACUUUCGUGGCCAUGGAGAUCCAGCUCUAAUGCUUAAAUGCAUCAACCCUAAUGAAUCAAAACUAUUGGAUUCGGCAGCUGGUGUUCAUGUGAGGUUUAGGCUUGCUGGGGAAAAGUUUCCCCCAAACAUCUACUACAAGAUCUUCACCCAUAGACCAGUAGUUGACAUGUGUGCUAACAGCCCUAAAGAUUAUACAAAGAUUGAAGCAAAAGUUCCUGUUGGAAAGCAAGUUCAUAAUAAAACAUUAUCACUUAACACAACCAACACCAAGGAAGGUUGGUACGUGAGGCAUGAAAACAAUGGCUGGAGACUCGUGUCAGAUCGACUUAUUCAUUCCUCCAUGGACCCAGUUACUUGGCAAACCUCGAAGAAAACGGUCGAUUUCCACCACACGAGGGUGCAACGACAAGCGGAUGUUGACCACCGGAGGCGCAAGAGGAAGAUUGAGUGGAUGAGGAAGAUGUAUAAAGAUGGAAUGUUGCACGCACGAGAAACCGACCAGGAGACGAGUGACUUGGUUGAUCGAGCAGCAACAGGAUUGGUCAACACUGUUGAUGCAAGGGGGACGGAAGCUGUUAUGGAAUGGGAGGUGGAUGAGUUACUACAAUGGACCACAGCCCUCAACUUUGAUGAUUACCUUGAAGUGUGGAAGGAAGCGGCAACAAGCAACGUUUCAGAGAAAACGACCUCUAACCUACGCCAUAAUACUGUUUCUAUGUCUGAGCAAGCACGAGGGGUCAUGACCUUUGACCCCUACUCCAUGACCCGUGGUUCCUCUGACCUCCUGACCCCACACAAGGGUAUCAAUAAAGGGGAUUCUCCCCAACUUACACGAAGCAAGUAUAUGGUACCCUUGAUUGACGCGUCAUAACGCGACCAUUGUUACAUAUACUGCACUUUAAAUCUCUCUUAUUACAUCAUAGUUUUAAUACUGACUGCAUAAAUGCCACUGUUUUUCUAUAAAAGCAAACAAACGAUAUCUUAGCAUAAAAUUUCUUUUCGCUUAUAAGAUAUCAUGUGGGUAAUGGGCCCACUCUGGGCCUAUGGCCAUAUAUCUCAAAGUCCUAUGGCGUGCCUUGCUGUAGGACCUCACCAAUAUAGAAUGAAAUUGUAAUAUUAGAUGUCAUAGUUCAAUGACAUCAAAACUAUUCGAUUGUGAUGUCAUAUAGACAACUAUAACAUACCAACUGCCCACUGUGGAUAAGUUUUUCAACAGUUUGUUAUAAUUAUCAACAGUUUGUUAUAACAUUGUAUUCUGAUUUCCGACUACAUAGAAACACCAUUUCUAACACACAGAAAAGAAAUUUAACGGAUGAAUGGUUAUGUAAAUUAGGACUAAAUUAUCAGGAAACAAAUUUGUAACCACCAAGAAAAUGAAUAAUUUUAAAAUAUGGUGCAAACUUUUCCAUGUUUGAACCUGUAGUUAAUUGAUUAUUUUUAUCAUUGUUAAACUGUGUUUGAAUUUUUUUGUGCCCUAACAAGGCGUUCUUGAAUUUUGCUUCACUCUUGGUAUUCUGGUGGCUUCUGGUCAUGCAAAUCUGGAUCAGACUGGUUUAAUCCAGUUGGAACCGGUUUGUGGCAGCAUUUGUCACACCAAUCAGGUUGGGCUGGAAUGUAACCUGUUGAUUGAAUGAAUGUAGUUGGAGAUGAAGGGUUUUGAUAUAAUGUUGCCAUUUAAUAUUGUGAAUAUGUGACAUAAACAUAAAUGUUGUUUGUCUCUUUGAUGCGAAAAUUAAACUAAUUAAAACAAUGAAGAGAAGAGAACUGCCAUUAAAAAUUAUUGGAAGAAAAUGCCAAAAA